GUUUUACACAAGGUGUCUGCUCGACCUUCCCAAGGUCACCAUUAAUGAUGUUCAUCGCAUCAUUCAGUCAGCAUCGUCAGCGCCGAGGAGUAAGAGGGAGAAAGGUUUCAAGAUGUACAUAUCAAGCUACAUCGACAAUUACGAAGUGUCGAACAAAGAGCCAGGGACAGGGAGAGUCAGCGUCCGAGCUACCUGCCACAGGUCUCUCAGGAAGAGUGAGAAACCUCACGACCUCAGAAUCAUCCUUGAUGGCUCCACUCCAGUGCAGCUUUGUGAGGCUGUGUGUUCCUGUGUGGCUGGCAAGGUUCUUUGCAACCACAACGUUGCCCUGCUUUACCAGACGGCGCAUUAUUCACAGCUCCACCUAAGUGCUGUACCACCUGUCCUGAGCUGUACUGAGACAGAGCAACGCUGGCACAAGCCACGGACUAUGGGUGUGAAACCAGGUCGCGUAAGGGACAUGGUUGUCAUGGCAGCUAAGCCAAAACAGCGGACCGUAGGAGGUGGUGUCAGGAGCACACUGUAUAAAGCGGUGAAGGGGGAGCUGCCAGAUCCAAAUGUGCUGAGAGUUGCUGAGGUUUACGCUGACUUCCCUGCGGAGUUGGCGCCUCUCAUCACCACCCUGGCAAUCAGCCCUGAUAUCCCUCUGGUCGAUUCAGCCCUCGGGAAGGUCCAGGAGGGAAGCCUCAUUGCCAUGCAGCACCCGGUCGUCGUCAGUAGGUGUAUCCAGUACCAUCCCGAUGCACCUCCACCACCACCUCUACCCCUGGCUGAUUACAGAUUGGAGCCUACAACCUGCCAGUUUGUUUGCAGUCUUCAAGAACAGCUGCAUCUAGUUUCCCUCCAAACCAGUUGGGAAGCAGCCAGACAGGUGGAGGCCUCUACUCGCGACCAAAGCCUUUCAGCUGAGUGGUACCGGGUUAGGAGCCAGCGUGUCACGUCAUCCCACUUCAAAGAGGUCUGCCACAUACGAGGUGAGAGUGCUGCACAACAUCUUGCAGAGAGGAUGCGGAAGGGCGUGGUUCAGACCGCUGCAAUGAAGAGGGGCCUGGCACUAGAGCCAGUUGCUGUUGAGGAAUACAGCAGGGUCAAGAACAUCAACUAUUGGCCCUGUGGAUUUGUAAUCCAUCCUGACGCUCCCUGGUUAGGUUAUUCCCCUGAUGGCCUUCUAUUUGAUCCCACAGAAAACCCUCCAUUUGGCUUGGUGGAAAUCAAAUGCCCCAAUGCUAAGAGCUAUGUUGACUGCAAGUACUUGCGAUCAAAUGGCAACACCAUGUCACUUAAACGGCAACACGUCUACUAUUGGCAGGUCCAGGGGCAGCUUCUUGUCACUGGCAUGGAAUGGUGUGACUUUGUUGUCUUUGCAGAAGAUGACAUGGUCAUUCAAAGAAUAUACAGAGACACAGAGAUUGCUGAAGUGAUACGGGAGAGGGGAGAUCACUUUUUCUUUUAUUUUUACAUGUCUGUUUGUUUAAAAUAAUCUUUGUUCAAUUACAACUGUUUAAAAUUAUCUUUGUUCACUUACAAUAGUUCCACAUUCAGUGUUCAGUUUACAAGUGUUGUUGUUGUAGAUUACUCAACUUUUUAAAAUCAUUUAAUCAGUUCAAGUUUUAGUUUAGUAAAAAUGAACAAAAACAUCUCUACAUUUGGCGAUACCUGUGCACUUAUAAAAAUGAACAAAAACAUCUCUACAUUUGGCGAUACCUGUGCACUUGUAAAAAUGAACAAAAACAUCUCUACAUUUGGUGAUACCUGUGCACUUGUAAAAAUGAACAAAAACAUCUCUACAUUUGGUGAUACCUGUGCACUUGUAAAAAUGAACAAAAACAUCUCUACAUUUGAUGAUCUCAUUGCUUGUGCAGACAUGACCACCUGUGCCUUGUUUUCUGGUACACAAGUCUUGUAUAGAUUUGUAAAAUGAAGAUAACAUUGCUUGUGCAAACAUAGCCACCUGUGCCUUGUUUUCUGGUACACAAGUCUUGUAUAGAUUUGUAAAAUGAAGAUAACAUUGCUUGUGCAAACACUAAUAACAAUAACUUGUUUGUAACGAACAACAGAAAUCUGUUCAGUUGUAUAGAUUUGUAAAAAUGAACAAUAAAACAUUUAAACCAUUAAGAACUGAUUAUUUGCAUAACUGAUCAUUAGAUGAAAGAACUGAUUAUUAGGCCUAAGUGACAGAACUAAUUCUAAAAACUAACCACUUUAAAGCUCUCACUUCUUUGCAGCCCAUGCCUUAACCAGCGGUCCAUUCUGAUAAUUGGACAGGAGGCAUGCAACAGAAAACAGCUGGUCAAUGCUUCCACACAUGGACAGAGGGAUGACAGCAUCAAAUAGUUUGUUCUCCUUCACCCUCCUGAUGCUGCGCUCGACAUGGACUCUCAAACGGGCAAUUGCCUGUGUCUUCUGGACAUCCUCUUUGGUCAUUUGUGCGUUCUUCGACAGGAAAGCUGGUCGGUACACUUUUCCUGGGCAGAGAUUGUCCACCAAGAAGCCCUUAUCCACCAUAAUGGCCAUCUCUUGUGUAAGAAGUUUAGUGAUGCCUGACAACCUGAAAAUCUCCCUGUCACUCAUUGAACCUGCAUACAGUGGUGAGACAAAGGUAAUUGCACCAUGUGGUGCAAUGCCAAUCAUGGCCUUGAAGGUGGUGUGCGACUUGUAUGUAGAGUAGACUUCACUCUGCAGAA